AUGGAUAUCUCUAAAGAAGUCUUCUGGUUAAAUGGGGAGCCGGUCAAACAGCCAGGGGCAGAGCUCGCCUGCCAUCCAGCAGACGAAGAGAGAGGCCACAGCUAUCCUGCAAUCUCUGCAGACAAAGGAAGCUCUAGCAGCGUUUAUUUGACCAAGUGCGGUGCAACCUAUGUGACCAGUGCUCAUUGGGCUGCAGUGCUUAAUGAGAUUGCCGAGCUCAAGGGCCAUUUCGAAGAAGCAGAACAGAGAGAGAUUCACAGCCACCCACCAUUCGAAGAACCACCUUCUCCAGGUCAAGCUGGCCCGCAGCUCCUGUACGGCUGCUCCAGACUCUUAACCAAAGAAGAAAUCUUAGCAUCCAUCCCUGCACGACCCGUUGUAGAUAAACUGGUAUCAUGCUAUUUUAAUUCUUUUGAAAUGUCACCAGUCAUUUGGCUUGGCCUUCUUUUCACACUUAUGUGUCUUGCAACCCAGUUCCAGAGCUACAGGCUGAAACCUGCUGUUGAUACGCCCGAGACAUCAUCUCCAGAGAAGGACCUCCAACAAACAGCCGAGACAUUUCGGCAGAAGAUCGUGCAGUGUCUUGUCUUGGGCAACUAUACCAAAGGCGGCCCUUAUGUACUGCAGACACUGAUGCUGUACGUAGCCGCCGAGCUUUUUCUCAGUAACGAUGCUGAGAUGGGCGUGUGGAUUCUUUUGGGUACCAUCGUGCAGCUGGCGAUGCAAAUGGGCUAUCACAGAGACCCGAAACACUUCAAGGGCAGAAGCCCGUUCGCGAGUGAAAUGCACAGACGUGUGUGGGCGACCAUUGUCGAGCUUGACCUGGGUAUCUCGGCGCAGAUGGGUCUUCCACGGCUGAUCCGACCAUGGCAAGCCGACACGAUGGAGCCUUCGAAUCUUCAAGACCACGACUUUGACAAGUAUACAGUAGAACUUCCGCCAUCACGGCCCGAGACAGAUCUUACGCCAAUGCUUUUCCGCCUCGUCAGGGGCCGCAUGUUGACGGCUAUUGGGGCCAUAUGGGACUUUGCCACUGAUACUCGACCCUACACGUACGAGGCCGUGAUCGAAAUGGAUGCGAGGCUCCAAGACGCACAUGCAUGCAUUCCUAAUUGUCUCAAGUGGCGUUCUAUAGCUCUUUGCAUCGCUGAUACCCCUCAAACUGUCAUGCAGAAGGUCUCGCUCGAGAUAAUCGUUCACAGAGCCAGCAUCGUGCUACAUCGGAGGUACCUACACUGCCUACCCACGGAUUCGAAGGAAAUUCAUUCUCGUCAGAAGUGCUUAGAUGCAGCCCUAAAGCUUCUUGAAUACCAGCAAAUCCUCCAAGAUAAGACGGAGUUUCUUGGCCAGCUGUAUCAUGAACGUUGGAGGGUUUCCUCAUUAGUUAAGCACGACUUUCUCCUGGCGACCAGCAUCCUCUGCUCUUACCUACAGCAGGUUAAAAAAGACAUUCACAAUGGUAUAGGCAAUGAGCCUGUCAACACGAUUCGGGAGGCACUUCGAAAGUCACAUGCCAUUUGGCUUCGUUCUAGCGAUUCUUCUAAGGAGGCGCAAAAGGCUGCUGAGGCGGUGAGUAUAGUACUGGGCAUCGAGGGAACUUCCGCUAGUCCUUCUGAAGUCAACACUCCCUGUACGACGACCAACAAAACAUCGCUCUUCUCAUACCCCAACACAGAUGACCAUUUUCCAGACAAUUGCGGCGUACAGUUUCCGGCCUUCCACACUACAGCCUGGGCCAGUUGGCAGGAUCAGAGUAAUUUUGAGCUAAUGGUUCCAUUCUCUGUGCCUGUGUCUGACGCAGGCAUAAGUCCACAAAUGAUGGAUGGUACAUAUACCUAG